AUGAAACGUAGUGGCAGUAGUCCAGAUGAGCCAUCAAAUUCUCGAAAACUAGCUUGUCAAAACUGUCGAAAGAGAAGAAGAAAAUGUAAUUCAGAGAUUCCUUGUUCAAAUUGUGUGAAAUAUGGGAUUGAGUGUGUACCAGUAGAUCAAGAUUUGAGAAGAACUCGUUAUACUGCAUCGUACGUGAAGGAAUUGGAAGACCAUGUUGAACACCUGGAGAAGACUUUGAAAAAAGCUAGAGAAGUUGAUGAUAAAAAUGAGAAGGAGAAAAUACUAGAUUCUGUACCCAUUGUCAAUGCUGUACCAUCACCAGGUCAAGAUUCACCAGAUAUCCAAUUACCAGAGACCUCAGCGACAUCUGUUCCACCAGUAGGUACAAAUAGCAUCUACCCAACGAAUUCUCUUUCUAUCUCUAAGAAGAAGAGGACUCCUGAGCAGUUGAAAAUUCUGGUCAACAUGAGAAUGUUGUCUAGAAGUCCAUUUAUUCUUCGUUCAUUAUCUUUAUUCUUUAAGUGGUUGUACCCAGGACAUUUCAUGUUUAUUCAUAGAGAAACGUUUCUAAGUGCAUUCUUUGGAGAUGAAUCUGCUAAAAGUUACUACUGUUCAGAGGAACUUUUAUAUGCCAUUGCAGCUCUUGGUUCUAAACUGUCCAGUAGUGAUGGUGAACUCUUCGGUAAAUCAGAGGAAUACUACCAGACCGCCAAAAACAAAGCAUUAAAACUUGUCUUUCAGUUGGAUGGGAAUUCAUUUGCAGAACUGACAUCUUCAAAUAAGUUAGCAUUUAUUCAAACACUUUUAUGUCUGGCCUUUUAUGAUGUAGCCGCCGGUGAGAAUGCUAUGGCGUGGUACUUAUCAGGAUUGGCUUUUAGGAUCGCCCAUGAGAUAGGUCUUCAUUUAAACCCAAAUGCCUGGAAUGAUGUCUAUGAAGAUGAGCUAUCAGAUCUUGAUUUUGAAGUAAGAAGUAGAAUCUAUUGGGGUUGUUAUAUUGCGGAUCAUUUAAUAUCUGUCCUUUUUGGUAGAUCUACAACAUUAAGAUUAUCAAAUUCAACUGUUCCAGAGACUGAUGAACUUCCCGAUAUUGAAACUGGUAUUGAGGAUUAUAUCUUUGACCCCAAGGCGACUUUAUCGUUAGCCAAUCCUCUAAAAAGGUUGAUCGUUCUCUCAAGAAUUACUGAAGUGUUUGCCGGUAAGAUAUUUAUUCAAACACAAUCAUUGAGUCAAAGGUGUCAAUAUCUGUCCAAAUUCAAUGUAGAGAUGGUCCAUUGGAGGCAAGACUUACCGGAUCAGUUGGCAUGGUCGAGGGAAUCGUUAAAAAAGCUGAAAUAUUUUAACCCCACAACUACAUACGUGUGGUUUCACUACUACAUCGUUUUAAUUUCCUACAAUAAACCAUUUAUUUUUGAUCGUAAGCCUAGUAGACAGUUGAUUGAGGAUUACAUCGAAGAAUUGCAUUUGAUAUUAGAGGUAUGGAAAUCCAAUUUUGAAAAUUUUGAAAAAUGUAGCAUCUACAUGGUAUAUUCGGUGAUAUUAGCCGUACAGUGUAUGAAAACUAAUUCGAUAAGUCAACAGCAUUACAAAGAGUUUACCGAUUUCUUAGAAUCACCUUCGUUAAAUUACGAUUUAGCCAAAAAAUUCGUUGAAAACGAACUAAGAGCAGAAUGUAUGGAUCCAUUGAGUAGUUUGACUUAUGGAAACGAUUUAGCGCUCGAGUACAACCUGGACUUUACCUUAUUGAAUGAAAUUGAUACUUUAAUUGGAACCUCUGGUGGUGAUAGUACACUGGGUUAA